UUUUUGUCCAAAUAAAUCCAAAGGUGUUGUUGAAAUUGAUGAACAAGUUAAGUCUAUUGAAUCGUUAUUGGCAACAAUUGAGCCGAAUGAAGUUGGAAUCCUUGGAAUUUGGGGUAUGGGCGGUAUAGGUAAAACAACCAUUGCUCAAGUUAUAUUCAAUAAAUAUUCUUCUCAAUACGAAGGUUGUUGCUUCUUGAAAAAUGUCAAAGAAGAAUCACAAAGGCAUGGGCUGGAUUAUUUGUGUGAGCAACUUGUUUCUCAACUACUAAACAAGAAAAAUCACCUUGAUAAGAGACAGUUGAGGCGAAAAAAGGUUUUCAUAGUGCUUGACGAUGUGGAUGCAUCAGAGAAGUUAGAUUAUCUAAUCAGAGAACAAAUCCAUUUGGGAGCAAGUAGCAGGGUCAUUGUAACAACAAGAGACAAGCAAAUACUACACGCUGCAAGAGCACAUGGAAUAUACAAUGUCCGGAAAUUGAGCUUUAAAAGUUCCCUUGAGCUUUUUUGUUUAAAAGCCUUUCACAAAAGCUAUCCUGAAAAUGGAUAUGAAAAGCUUUCAGAAAUGGCUGUCAAUUAUGCAAAUGGCAUUCCAUUGGCCUUAAAAGUAUUGGGUUCUUUUUUAUGUUCAAAAAGUGCAGUAGUUUGGGAAAGUGCACUAAAAAAACUCAAGAUUUAUCCUGAUAAGAACAUUUUCGAUGUGUUAAAGUUGAGCUACGAUGGAUUAGAUGAUUUUGACAAGAGCAUAUUCCUUGACAUUGCAUUUUUUUUCAAAGGAAAAAAUAAGGAUAAUGUCAUUAUGUUUCUAGACUCUUGCGGUUUCUAUGCUGCCGUUGGAAUAGACAAUCUUAAACGUAAAGCUCUUAUAACUAUUUCCUACGAUAAUGCAAUAGAAAUGCAUGACUUGAUACAACAAAUGGGUUGGGAAGUCGUUCGUCAAGAAUCAAAUAAUGAUCCUGGAAAGCUCACUCGAAUAAAUAAUCCUGAAGAUUUCCAUAAUUUAUUGGAAAAUAGCGAAGGAAAAAAUUUAGUUGAAGGUAUUAUGAUAGACUUGUCUCGGAUUAGAGAUCUACACCUAAAUGCAGACACCUUUAAAAAUAUGCCUCACCUAAGGUUUCUUAAGCUUUAUGCUCCUUGGAAUCAAAGACAGUCGAAUGUGCACGUUCCCGCAAUCUUGGAGCCGUUUUCUACUAGACUCAGGUAUUUGGAGUGGAAUGCUUAUCCUCUGGAUUUUUUACCAUUAAGAUUUUCUGCCGAGAAGCUUGUUAAGUUUAAGAUGCCAAACAGCCAAAUUUCUAAACUAUGGGAUGGAAAGCAGGAUCUUGCGAGUUUGACAGUACUCGACCUUUAUGGAUGUAAAAAGUUGGUGGAACUUCCGGAUUUUAGUAAAGCAACAAAGCUUAAAAGGAUUGACCUUGGGAAUUGUGAAAAACUAUGUCAACUUCAUCCAUCUAUUUUAUCCAUCGAAACACUUGAGGAUUUGAAUCUUACUAAUUGCAAAGAAUUAAAGAACGUCAAAAGCCAUUUGAAGUCUCUCGAUGGACUUUGUGCUAAUAAUUCUUCAAAUCUGGAGGAAUUUUCAGUCUUUCCAUCGAGAAUUAAGAGUCUGCCAAAUGAAGUCUGCUGCUUUAAAUACAUGAAGUCUCUUCAUAUUCGUGAUUGCAGAGAUCUAACCGAGCUCCCACAAAUCAAAGCCCUACUAAUGUUAACGGUUCUUGAUGCAAGAGGUUGUUGUAGUCUUCGAUGUAUACCAGAGCUUCCACCAUCUAUUGAACAGCUUUAUGCUGAUGAUUGUACAUCACUUGAAACAAUAUUCAGUUUGAAGGCAGUAUUUAGUUUGAACAGGAUAUGGAUCUCAUUUGAAAAUUGCAUGAGAUUGGAAGAGGAGUCGGUGAAUGAUAUUAUGGAAGAUGCCCAUCUCACAAUAUUUAGAAAUGUUUUCUUGCGCACAGCAGAUCCAAAUCUACUGUAUAGUAGUGUUGGAUAUCGUUAUAUGACAGGUAGUGUUUAUUAUCCAGGGUACAAAGUUCCAAAGUGGUUCAGAUUCCAGACAGAAGAAGCAUCCAUAACAAUUGAACUUGAUCAACCUUAUAACGAGUUGUUGGGUUUCAUCUUCUGUUGUGUUGUUUCUCAAAACUUACCUCAUUAUUUUGACGAACGGGCUGAUGUCAAUAUCAAGUGUGAAUACCGCCACUUCGGAGAUGGUGUUCCAAGUAAAGGGCUAAACAUUCAUAAAGGACGACUAAACCCUGGUCACGUUUUACUUAGGAGUUUUGCACUUCUUAGUGAAGGCAUGUAUAGUAAAGUUGAUGGAAAACAUUAUGGCUGCACAUGCAAACAAAAGAUCUCAUUCAGAUUCAGUGUUGAUAGAUCAGAGAAGGGGAAGAGAGUCCAAGUAAAGGAAGAACAUGAUGAUGAUUAUUUUAUCAAAGGGUGUGGAGUUUUUCCCAUGUAUGCUUCAACUCUCGUAGAUACCAUUCAAAAACUUGAAUUGGAGUUCGAGUUGAAUCCUCAUCAUAACUCCAUCACAGAUGUGAAUCUCGAUGUACUGAAAAGUGCGAUGUUCCGUCAGAUCAGAGGAAAAUCAAAACGACUCCAAUAUAAUGAUUGGUGGUGA